AUGCCAGCCGAAGACAAGCAGCCCGUGUACGACGUCGAGUCGGCCGUCGUCACCGGCGAUGCCUCCACCACCGACACUGCAGUCGAUGACAGCUACGAGGUGUACAAGAAGAACCAGGGCCUGCAGUACACCGAGGCUGAGGCAAAGGCCGUCCUCCGCAAGAUCGACUUCCGCAUAGUGCCCGUCCUCUUCGUCACCUACAUGCUGCAGUAUCUCGACAAGAACGGCAUCAACUACGCCAGUGUCUACGGCUUGAAGGCGGGUACUCACAUCGACGGCAGCCAAUACUCAUGGCUCGGCUCCAUUUUCUACUUUGGCUACCUUGCGACCCAGUACCCGUCCGGCUACCUCAUGCAACGGUUCCCAAUCGCCAAGUUCCUCAGCUUGACCACCAUCGCAUGGGGCAUCGUCCUGAUAACCACCCCUGCAUGCCACAACUUUGGCGGCAUAGCGGUGAACCGCUUCCUGCUGGGUGCCCUUGAGGCCGCCGUCAAUCCCGGCUUCGUUCUGAUGAUGGGCAUGUGGUACACGUCGGCGGAGCAGCCCCUGCGCCUGGAGGCCUACUACUGCACGAACGGCAUCGCUACCAUGUUCGGCGGUCUCAUCGGCUAUGCCAUCGGGCACAUCACGUCGGGCUCGCUGGCGCGGUGGCAGUACGUCUUCAUCAUCUUCGGGGCGUGCUCGAUCGCGUGGGGCGUCGUGUCGCUGGUGAUCCUGCCGGACCUGCCGUCCACGGCCAAGUUCCUCACCGAGCGCGAGCGGGCGGUGGCGGUCGAGCGCGUGGCCGCGAACCGGCAGGGCGUCAAGAACACGGCCUUCAAGCGCGACCAGGCCGUCGCCUUCCUGCGCGACCCCAAGACGUGGAUCCUGUUCGUCAUGGCCAUCGGCGCGCAGGUCCCCAACUCGGCGCUGACGAGCUUCACCUCCCUCAUCGUCAAGUCCUUCGGCUUCGACACGCUCGGCACGCAGUACCUGCAGAUUCCCGGCGGGUUCGUGCAGUUCGCGGCGCUGCUGGCGGGCGGGUUCGUGUGCACGUACUGGCCCAACUCGCGGUGCAUCACGAUGAUCGUGGCCAACUGCAUCUGCAUCCUGGGGGCGGCGCUGCUGGUGGGGCUGCCGGCGGACAACAAGUGGGGACGGCUCGUGGCGCUGUGGCUGUGCUACUUCCAGGGGCUCGGCUUCUCCAUGUCGCUGACCAUGAUCAGCUCCAACAUCAGCGGCUACACCAAGAAGCAGCUCACCGGCGCCAUGAUCUUCACCGGCUACUGCAUCGGCAACAUCAUCGGGCCCCAGACCUUUAGGGACAAUGAGGCCCCCGGCUACCACUCGGCCUACGUCGCCAUGCUGGUCGGCUACGUCGUGAAGCUGGGCAUGGUCGUCGUGCUGUAUGCCUACAUGUACAGCGUGAACAAGAAGCGGGAUCGCGAGCAGGCGGGCAUGAGCGAGGAGGAGAGGGAGAAGGAGGCCGUCGAGGCGGGGAUGCGGGACAUGACUGAGAUGGACAAUAAGGGGUUUAGAUAUAUUUUGUAG